AUGUCCACUUUCUUGCUCCUGUCGUCCAAAGCGACUAAGGCUCUGGACGGGCCACCAGGGCUGGCGUCUCUGUCCCGGGGUCCGGCUGGAGCGACGCCGCCCGGUGGGCGAACUUCUAUUGCCGGAUUGGCGAUAAGACGAAGGUUGCACUACGACGCGUGCUCCAUCGCGUCUUCUGCCCUCGACCUCGCCGCCUCCAACCAUAAACGGCGGAGUGUAUAA